GUCACUAUGUUUCGUUCCAUUUUGGGAGGACUGUUAUGGCUCACAGCGACGAGACUGGACCUCAUCGCGGAAGUGUGCGCCCUCCAGUCACAGGUGACGCGUGCAAAAGUUGCCCACUUGAGGCAAGCUAAUGGUGUGGUGAAGAGAGCACGGCAAGAAGUGGGGCAAGGCAUGGGUCUCUAUUUCCAAAAGCUUCGGCCCCCGCUUCGCCUGGCCUGUGUGCAUGACUCCUCCGCGGCCGGCAACACACGUCAUUACGCCCAGGAAGGCAUACUGGUGUUGCUGUGCGAGGACCAUAUGGACCAGUUCAGCCGCGAGCACGAGCACAUCCUCACCGAUGAUCAGUGCAAGGCUCUCGGCGGCAGAUGUCACAUCCUUUGGUCCCACGGUGCGAAAACGAAGAGGAUUUCCUACUCUACUUCGCACGCGGAGACACUUGCAGCAGUCAGUGGACUGGAAGCUGGAACGUUGGUGUCAGUGAGGUUGGCAGAGUUACUUUAUUCACCACGACCUCCAACUCUGCAAGGUUUGAUUGCCCAGCAAGAGCGUGGAGUCCGCGACCUUCCCAUCGACGCCUACACCGACUGCCGGGACUUCUAUGAACUUGCUUCGGGAGACAAGAAUGCCCCGCAGGACAAGAACCAGCAUCUGUAUGUCUUGUCGUUCAGAGAGGCGCGUAUGUCUGGAAGGGUGCGUUGGAUGUGCCUCACGCCUACCGAGUCUAUGACUGCUGACGCGCUUACGAAGACCAUGAUUGCCGAGCCGAUGAUGAAGUUGCUUACCACCGGCACCGUGCAGUUCUACAACCAGGAGAAGCACAAGAUGGUUAUUCGAUCGCUGCCGGUGAUGAGCGAGAUCGAGGAGCACCACUUUGACAUGGAUGACAAGGAGCUCAUCCGAGAGCUUUCCAAGCCAGUUCAUGUGUCUAUCCUUAUUGGUUAUGACGACAUCGGCGACAUCGACAUCCUCGUCUUCCUCUUCGGCGACUUCAGAUGGCUACGAUGA